GGUUGCUGUCCGUGAUACUAUGACUAUCCUUUCCUCAGCAGGCACCAUGGGAGUUCUUCGGUCUUUUCGAUUUGAUACUGGCAUUCGUUCCUUCUCCUCUAGUUCUUCUCUAAUUCGGAAUGUAAGGGCAACAUAUCAGGGCCGGUUGCUAGAAUAUGGAGUCUUGUGACUGCAUUGAGACACAGUGGCCUGCUGACGAGCUUUUGAUGAAAUAUCAGUAUUUAUCGGACUUUUUUAUCGCCCUUGCCUAUUUCUCCAUUCCUCUUGAACUUAUUUAUUUUGUACAGAAAUCUGCAUUCUUCCCAUACAGAUGGGUACUAAUGCAGUUUGGUGCAUUUAUUGUUCUUUGCGGAGCAACCCACCUCAUAAACUUGUGGACUUUUACAAUGCAUUCUAAAACUGUUGCAGUGGUGAUGACAGUUGCAAAAAUUUCUACUGCUUUUGUAUCAUGUCUAACAGCCCUGUUGCUUGUUCACAUUAUUCCUGAUCUGUUGAGUGUUAAGACAAGAGAGCUAUUUCUGAAGAAUAGGGCUGAAGAGCUUGAUAGAGAGAUGACCCUUGUACUCACACAAGAAGAAAUUGGAAGGCAUGUUAGAAUGCUGACUCAUGAAAUCAGAAGCACACUUGAUAGACACACUAUAUUGAGGACUACUCUUGUUGAGCUGGGUGGUACCUUAGGCUUGGAGGAAUGUGCACUUUGGAUGCCAUCACGUACUGGGUUGAAUCUGCAACUCUCACACACUUUAAACCGCCAGAUGCCUGUUGGAUCUACCAUUCCUAUUAACCUUCCCAUAGUCAAUCAAGUUUUUAAUAGCAAAGGAGCAAUAAGGAUACCACAUAACUGCCCACUGGCAGGAAUCAGACCACCUGCCGGAAGAUAUGUGCCACCUGAGGUUGUUGCUGUACGGGUACCACUUUUACAUCAUUCAAAUUUUCAAAUUAAUGAUUGGCCUGAGCUCCCUGCAAAAAUCUAUGCGAUAAUGGUUUUGAUGCUCCCUAUUGGCAGUGCGAGAACAUGGCAUGACCAUGAAUUAGAACUUGUUGACGUUGUUGCAGACCAGGUUGCGGUGGCUCUUUCACAUGCUGCAAUUCUAGAGGAGUCUAUGCGGGCCCGAGAUCAGCUCAUGGAACAGAAUGUUGCCCUUGAUUUAGCUCGACGAGAGGCAGAGGCAGCUAUCCAUGCUCGCAAUGAUUUUUUGGCUGUUAUGAACCAUGAAAUGCGGACACCGAUGCAUACAAUUAUCGCUCUGUCCUCCUUACUUCUAGAAACUGAACUAACUCCAGAGCAAAGAGUGAUGGUAGAGACUGUGCUAAAGAGUGGCAAUCUUCUGGCUACACUCAUUAAUGAUGUUUUAGAUCUUUCAAGACUUGAAGAUGGAAGCAUGGAAUUGGAUAUUGGAACAUUCAACCUCCAUGCAGUUUUCAGAGAGGUCAUUAAUCUGGUAAAGCCUAUUACAUCUGUAAAGAAAUUGUCGAUGUCAUUGAUAUUGGCCCCGGAUUUACCUGUAUAUGCUGUUGGUGAUGAGAAACGGCUUAUACAAGUCAUCUUAAAUAUCGUGGGCAAUGCUGUCAAGUUCACGAAGGAGGGUUAUGUUUCCAUUACAGCUUCCAUUGUCAAACCAGAGUCUCUGAGGGACUGGCGAACUCCUGAAUUCCAUCCAGUAUCAAGUGAUGAUCACUUCUACUUACGUGUGCAGGUCAAAGAUUCUGGUUGCGGAAUUAGUCCACAAGAAAUUCCACUUCUUUUUACCAAAUUUGUUCAAUCUCAAAGUGGACCUAGUCGAAGCAAUGUUGGUACAGGGCUUGGACUUGCCAUAAGUAAAAGGUUUGUAAAUCUCAUGAAAGGUCAUAUUUUGAUUGAAAGUGAGGGUUUGGACAAAGGUUGUACCGCUACCUUCAUAAUGAGGCUUGGCCUCUGCAAUGAUCUAAAUGAAGAAUCUGGGCAACUCAUUGUUGCUAGAACUUAGUGCAACAAGGAAAUGUUGAUCUUGUUGGACAAACAGCAUUCCUUAAGAUUAUCGCAGGGUAGCAUCUUCUCUUCAUCAGGUAUCAAAGAAAAUGGGUAGUUGCCUGCAAAACAGAUGUUCUACUGGUGGACCUCUCAUUGGCAAUGGGUUUCCUUUUUGUAAAGGUUGAAACUUGGCAAAGGGGCGAAUGUAAUAUCAGCAAGGCAGCAAGUGAGUGAAGAGGGAUUGUUUAAUCUUCGGUUCUUGGGAAACACAAAAAUCAGCUUACAAUUAAUUGCAUUGUGUGUUGGGAUUAGUGGCAUGUAUAAAGGACGUGUUGUAUUUUGUACCGGAACAAUACCAAAUGACUAGGGGAGGAAAAAUGAUACCAGUAGUUGAUACUUGAUAGAAUCAUGCCAUGCAUCAAAACAUUAUUUUUUUCUCAAUUCAUUGGAGUCGGUGCACGCAUAUGUGAACCAAAUUUGCUUUUUGAGUAAGCAAGAUGAAACGGUUGGAUUUUUUUCUCA